CAAUUUCAUUGAUUAAGAGAGAGUAAGAAUUGCCAGGUUAAUUUGCGGAAAACCAGGCUAAAACCGAUACAACUCAACCCAGAAAAUGGAUACCACCGGCCAACCUGGCCACAUGCCAACAGAUGGCCACCCGCGCCAACGAACGACAACUUCGACUUUGACGACAAUCUUUGGGAGGGAAAUAUGCAGGGCUUGCCCCGACCGAGUCCUCCGCGAACGACCGCUGAGGUCAUCGUCACCACUUGGACACAAUCCACCGCAGCUUCGACUCCACAACAACCAAGCAACCACGGAAGAGCACAUUGGACACGCCGGAUAGACCGACUACCAAAGCCCGUGCCGCGACCCCAACUCAUCUUGGCGCCAUCAUCAUUGCCCAACAGACAUUGUCGCCCCUGGCCUCGACGAACCAGCCACCAAUAACCAUCGGUCUCCUAGUUGCAGUCCGCUUCAAGAGGAUGCCCCCGAGGAGAAAGGCGCUAGCACGCCUCCAUCCAGAUGAUCAGAGGUUUCCCUCCGGAGCCAAGGCCGCGGGGAGAGGGGUGACCACACCUCCACAACGACAGUUUCAGGAAAGAUUGCGACACCCACGGGUGCCGCCGUCGUCGAUUCCGGAGAAGAGGAUUUCUCCCAGAGAUGCCUUGACCACCUGCAUCCCACACGACAGACCACCAGCUGCAGCCCACCAACCACCGCAGAACAUGUCGAGGCCGACUUCAAUCUAGGCACGGGACCCCUCGAUCCGCCGUGCCCAGAUGCGCUCCGCCCCCGGGCCGAAGCCGCCACCACCAAACCCGGGGCCGCCGCCCCAGCAACCAGUCCACCACCGCCGACGACAUCACCACCAGAGGAGCUAGACCAGGCCCAUCGGCCCGGAGCUCACAACACUAGAUCCAGAGGCAAGGGAGGGCCUGACCAGAUCGAUGAGCUUGCAGAGGGCCUCGCUGCAAAAGGGCCGGCAGGCAGAGAGCCGCCGGGAAGCUGCAGCCUCGCGCAUCGCCAAGAACCUCCGCCGCCAGAUGGGCCAGGGCCACAUCGAAGGAUGGGGAGGGAGGACGCCACAGUCGCUGGGCAACGAUCCCUCCGCAAGGCACCGCGACACCAACGCCGCCGCAGCAGCCGCGCGCCACGCCGCCUGGUCGGGCUCCGCCAGGGGAAGCCGCCGUCGAGGGGAGCGCCAGAUCCGCCUCCAACUCCUUCCGCCGCCAGACGAAAGAAGAGGAAGAGGAAGACCCCGCCGCCGCCGUCCGCCGCCCGGGCUUAGCCCGGCGGCCUCCUCCGGCGAUGGCGAGGGGAAAGGGGGGCGAGCGGGGGCGGCCCGGCGGCGCGGACGAGGGGCUCAUAGCCAUGACCAUGCAUGCAGCUGCAGCUAAUUGAGCUACCUAAUGGCGUGUAGCCAGAAACCAUUGGUGUAUGUACUGCUAUCACUGAACACUCAGAUGGUAACUAAAAAACACUCAGAUGGCCGCAAAAGACGGAGAAACAUGGGAAAGACUAGAGCCAGCUACUACGCCACAGGUUCAUCCGUGGCCUGCACCGCCUCGUGAUAUGGCUGCUCUGUCUGUUGAUGGAGCGUUCUUGGAGAAAAAUGGUACGGUGGUGGUGGGAAUGAUUCUUCGAAGACACGACGGAUCUGUCAUCUUCUCAGCGUAUCGCUAUUUAUUCAACUGCAGUGACACACUGAAGACUGAGAUUCAUGCGUUGAUGAUUUGUAUGGCGCUUGCUCAUCAGCACACGGAGCUACCGGAUCAUGGUUCAAUCUGGUUCAUCGUUUGCUAUUUCCUGUCUUUCCAGUUCUAGUUUAGAUCGUUCAGUUUAUGGUCAUUUAGUAGCCGAGAUUAAGUCUCUCAUGAUCGAUAGAGUGUUUAUUCCCUAGAAAAUACAGAUCUCAAAAUAGCGUGACAGAUUGUCUGACAAGGUACAGUCGCUCUGAGCGAGCUAUAACUGUGUGGCUCGAUAGAGGACCCCAUGUAUUGAGGAACUCUUGCCAUUGGAUUGUAACUUUAUCUUAUUGAAAUAAACUACUAUUGAUCUCA